CGGGGGGAGACUCCCUGGGGCGGCUGGACAGUGCUCCUCUCGCGAGAAACCGGCGGCCUCCCCACACACGCAUCUCCCGGGCAACCCGGGGCGGCCAUGGCGGCGGCGGACGCGGAGGGGCUGUUCGCGCUGGAGCUGCUGGUGGAGGCGGUGCGGGUGGCGGCGCCGGGCCCCGCGCUGCGCCCGGCCGUGGCGCUGCGCCUCCUGGACUUCCCUACCCUCCUCCUGCGGCCCGCCGCGCCGCCCCUGCGCCCGGGGCAGGCCUUCCCCUUCGGCCGCGGCAAGCGCUGCCUCUUCCGCUGGCGCCGGGGCUCGCUCUGCGCCGCGCUGCGCCGGCGGCCGCUCCGCGCCCUGCUCCUGGCGCUGCCCGCCGGGCGCGCCCCGGGGACACCCCGCCUCCUCGGCAGCUGCAGCGUCUCCCUGGCCCCUGCUGCCGCUGAGCUGCUGCAGCGGCCCGGGGCGACUGGUUCCUGCGGCCGCCGAGGCUGCUUCCCGUUGUGCGACUCCGCGGGCCGCCCCGUCGGGGAUUUGGUCCUGGGCUACCGGCUCAGCAGCCUGGAGGCCGCUGAGGAGCCGCCCCCGCCGAGCCCCGCCAGCCCCCAGGCUGCCACGCCAGCUGCUGCAUCCCCUGAGCCGCGGGAUGAGGAGGAGGAGGGUGAGGAGCUGGAGGGCAACAUCUUUUGCCCUCCUGUACUGUAUUACAGCCGUGAGCCCACUGACCCACUCCUGCCUCCACCAGCAGCGGCGGCUGCAGGGCAGUGGCAGCACGUCGAGGCCUGGAGACCCCAGGAGCAAGAGCAGGGCCAGAUCCCGCCACGUCCCAGUGUUGGGCCCUCACUGCUGCACCCUGCCAGCCCUCAGCGGCUCCACAGCGCCCUGGGGCAGCUGCCGCUCCUCAGCGCCCUGCUGGCAGAGCUGUCCGUGCUCACCCGAGGCGCUACACCUGCUGCUGUGCACCCCCAUCUGGCCUGGCUCUACCAGGCCCCGGGAGCUAGUGGCAUGGCCUCACAGCCCCCCAGCCGCUCCUCUGCUUUCAAGCCUGCAGAAGCACCUUUGGGGCCAGGUGGGAGCAGUGGAGCUGCUGGCCCUCGAUUCCAGCGAGAUCAGCAAGAGACCAUCUCGCCAGGGUCUUCUUGGACUGGGAAAGGAUCUAAGAAAGCUGUACCCCAAGGAGAGCCCAGCUCUGAAAGGAACUGCAAAACUAAGGAAAACAGACCUCCCAGAAGGAAACUGUUGUACGGGCUGACAAAUACUCUGAGGCUACGGCUGCAGCAGACCAACCCAGAUAAGCUGAUAAUUCAUGAAAAGAGAGAGCAGUACAGAAAAAAGCAAAUGGAGAUGUUGAAGGAGAGAAGCCCUUUAUCCAAAAGAAAGCUGCUUCGAAAUGCUGGAGGACAGAAUACAGUUUCUUACAGGCACUGUAGCAAGGGAGACAGUUCAAAGCACAAUAAUCGAUUUGAUAAAGCUGUUCAGACUUCAUUACAAAACAGUGUUCCUACAGAGUAUGUUUCUGUGACAGGAGAUGUGUUCCCUGACCUGCAGAAACAGGCUGGUGAAAGUCUGGUGAGCAAUGAUGAAAUUUCAAGCAAGGAACAUCCACGCAAAGUAACUACAGCCCCCUUACUGGAGGAAACUGUAUUAAAAUCUGCUCACAAGGAAGAGUAUGCAAAAGCCCAACUCCCAACAGCUUUCCCAUCAGAUGGCAAUGCAAAGGGAAGUAAUGAGGAAGCAGUACACUUAAUUCACCAUAAAACCAUGGAGCAUGAUGACACGUCUGUUGUAAGUGAUCAUAAACCAAGCCCCAGCAGGAGUGUUGAAAACAACUCUGAAUUCAUUUACUCAGAUGACUUUGCUAGUCCUGAGAACACAAUUUAUUCAGAGGACUUCAGCAGUGCUGAGUGUACAGACAGAGACUUGGAAGCUCUUGACAGCAGUCCUGAACCUCUGUGGCUUGAAAGCCCAAAGCAAGGUUGGUCAGAUACAGAGCCGGAAUCCAGCAGGUCCAGAAUUUCAAAGACAAGUCAAAGAGCUGAAAGUACUUCAGAUCUUCUGCCAAUUCCUUCAGUUUCAUCCCCAGUCCAGUCUUUGAAGAGAAAACACGACUUAAAAACCAGCAAGAAAACUAGUAGUGAAUCUGUUGAUUCAGUUAAAGAUGCCUCCAUUCAGGCAAGGUUAUUGGAUGAAGAGCAGAUCAGUAAGAAAGAGAACAGGGGCGAUCAGCAGAUUAAACAAGCAUCUACACUGAGAAGCACACAAGUUAGCUCCGAUACUGACCUGAAUAAAGGAAAGGGGCAGACCUCUGCAGGAAGAAGCCAGCCAGUAACUCCAGUUCGCUCCUACUGGCCAUCUAACGUGUCUGACCUUGAGCUUAGUGUCCUGGAAAACAGCAUGUCAGACAAAGAGGAGGAUUUUCUGGGGAAACUACAUGUUCCUAAUCAAUGCAAAGACAUCAGUGAACUUGUAAUAAACAAACUUCCGGGAUACACAGUGUAAUUACAAGUUUUCACUGUCUGGAUUAAGAUACAAUAUUUAGUGCAAUAUAUACAAGUUAACUUAAGACUGUAUCGUGCACAAUUAAUACAUUGGUGAAUUUACUUAAGAGUUUUUUUUAAUAAAGUAAUAUUUGAAUAUCAAACAAAUAGCUCUUACGUGGUACCUACAGAAUGACUUCAGUGUCAGUAUUUUAACAUAAAACUAAGCCAAACAGCACAAGAAACAUCACUUACUGUCAAAUCUAAAAGUGAAGACAGAAGCAGCAAAUGCAGUCAGUAAGCAUAAAACUUGUCAAGGGUAGAAUAGUACAGAAGCAGUCAGGUACAAAAUAUGUUCCUAACUGAAUGUUAAGUUUUUAUCCCUCAUGAACACAGUUCCACACUUCAUUUUCAUUACAAAUAGUUAGUUAAAACAUACUGUCACAACCAGUAAGCACAGACUUUUAUCAGCUAAUGUGCAUUGUGAUGUGUUUGUUUCACUGUUCUAUGACUAAACACAGCUGACCAGAACUAGAUGAGCCCUUUUAGAAUUUCUUAGGUUUAAUUUUCUCAUGUAAGUCAGAUUUUCACAAUUGAUUAUAAAAUACUUUAGGAAUUAUUGGUCACAGUAAAUCUAUAUAAUCUGGGGGGGGCUUUGAGAGGUUGAUGGAAGUUAUUUGACCUUGAAGACUGGAGGUGUGCAAAGAGGAGGGAAGAGCGCAGUAAAUUUUCAACGCUUUGGAACUCCCAGAUUGCAUUCUCUGAUACUGGGGCCAGGGGGAGGUCAGCACCCACAGUCCAUAAACUUGGACCAAACAAGCAUCAUCAUUUACAGAUUUGAGAUAAUGAAGAAUUUGCCAUGUCCCCUUUUUGGUUCCUGUGGGUAAAUUGCUACCUGCCACAUUCCCUUUUUUGCUAUGAUGGCUGAACUACCAUCUGAUGUUCACUU